GCGCGGGGCCGGGGGUCGCCGGGCCAGGCAGACGCUCCGCGAGGGGCGGAUUCAGCCGGGCGGCGCCCAGCGGGUGGGGAUGUGCUCGGCGCGGUACGUUAUGCUAACGGCUGUGCGAGCACAGAGGGGACGGAGUGUGUGAAACAACGGGGCGGGCGGUGCCCCGGCCGGGUGGGACCAGGAGAGGGGGAUGCAGCUGCCGCCCAGAGUCGCUCCCUUCCCCUGCCCGCAGGGCUUAAUGCCCCUUUCCCCAGAGAGCUGGCAGUCCAAGUACCCGCUCACCCAGGAGCCAGCUCCGGCCCCUGUCAGCCCCGCGGACCCUGGCAACUCACCUUGGGAACAUUUCAUCAAAACCCCGGGGCCCCAGCACCGAAAUGGCCAGCCAGGCGUCCCUGGAGCCGGGCUCGCAGGAGGAAUGUGCGGGACCCAGCGGUGCCCGCGGCUUUGGAGCCAGCCAGCGGGGCGUUCCAGUAAUAGACUGGCUCCGGGCCGCUCCAUGGACCCGGGGCGCUUUCUCGUCGCUCCUUCCCUACAUCCGGGCUAUUCAGACCACAGCUGUGUGCCACAAGAACCGGGCGGCCCGAGUGCGAGUCGGGAAAGGAGACAAGCCGGUGACGUACGAACAGGCCCACCCCCCCCACUACAUCGCCCAUCGCAAGGGCUGGCUCUCCCUGCACACCAGUAACCUGGAUGGGGAGGGCGGGGCGGCCGAGCGCACCGUGGAGGACGUCUUCAUCCGCAAGUUCAUCUACGGCACCUUCCACGGCUGCCUGGCCAAUGAGAUUGUGCUGAAGCGCCGCGCCAACGUGCUGGUCGUCUGCGCCGUCUUCCUGCAGCGCCUGCCGCCCUACAAGUUCUACUUCCUGGUGGGCUACACCGAGACGCUGCUCUCCUUCUUCUACAAGUGCCCCGUCCGGCUGGAAGUGCAGACCCUGCCCGAGAGGGUCAUCUACAAGUACCUAUAGCACUGCUGGAGCCCCUGGGCGAGGCCUGCCCCCCGGCAGCUGGGCACCCCACCUCUCCCCUGGGCUAGUCUGUGCCUGACUCAGGUCACCUGCUGUCCUGUCUCUCACUGGCCCGUUGUGGGGCAGGACACCCACGCUCCACAUGGGCCCGAGGAGGCCAUGGACCCGUGGGUGGUGGCCGUGGGGUGCUCUGGUGUGGGUGUUACUGAGGCUCUGGACGUAGCAGUGGCCCAGCCCAUCAAUGGGGAAUAAAAGCACUCUGGCCCCUGUGUCCA